AUGUCUAUAGGGGCGAUACAUGUCAUGGACAAUAUGUUGGAUGAAAAGGCAAAUGUCUAUAGGAGCUAUCUGACUGGCUCAAAAUAUAAGUGGCACUGGGUUAGCGAUGGUAGACGCAAUGACAACUUUGGCGAGUACAUUUUUCCUGAUGGCAGUGUAUACCGCGGCGAUUUAAAAAAAAACAAAUUUUCAGGCAACGGUGUCAUUUAUUUAGCGCACCCAUACAACUUCGAGGUAAAGGGUGAAUUUAUAAAUGGCAAAAUUACCAAAAUCAUUGAAAUGAGAUUUUCUGACGGCCUAAUUGUGGACGCCGAUAUAGAUGGAACGAGCUUGAAAUUCGAUCGUUGGACCUAUUGCAACGGGGUGACACGAACUUUUGCUUGCGAAAUUUUUAACGGUAUUAGGCCGGUGGGACCUACUGCUCAUUUAACGCCAAGAAAAUCGGCCUUCAAGUUACACGCCAACCGUUUUGAUACGAUUGAAGGAGUUUAUAAUCCAAAUACUGGUAUGGUCUAUUCGCGACCACCGCCUUUCGCGCCCACUAAGUUUAUCCAAUGCGAAAAGGAUCGAAAGUUUAUAAUGGACAAUUUCCGGACGGCAUCCGAUUCGGAGGUCGAAAUCAAACCGCAUGUAUGCCAAAAAAUUUUGCAAAUAAAUUUAGAUAAUGAAGCGAAAUUGGCAGAAAAUGGAUAUUGUUCUUGUGUAACAAAAAAUGAUCCCAUGCGACUCUUUCCGCAAUUGGAUACAAUGGGUGAUAAAAGUUCUGAGCAAGUCUACAAUUUAUGGGAUAUGCAUUCACCCAGCAGCUCCAAAUGCGCAAGCUUCAGUGCUGAAUCGCUAAUUGAAAAUGUGGCGCAGCGUCUAAAUUUGACUGAAGAUUGCGAAAUAAUUAAAUCAUGA